AUGUGUUUGAUUGUUUCCUGGGAAGCUUAGUUCAUGAAAAAAUGGACCCAGAAAAKACGAGCAGAGCAGAUCUGGCUCUUCCAAACCCACAGGAGCCUUCCAGUGCGCCCGAAAUCGAGGUCUUGGAAGURUCUCCUGGUGACCUUCCCCAGGUGGGGACACCAACCGCACCCCCACCACCAAAGACAUGGCUGACAUUUUUGAAGAGAGAGCUGCAAUUCCUGGGGGUAACACAGAUUAUGAUUGGUGCCAUAUGCCUUUGUUGUGGAAUAAUUGUCUGCUCUGUACUUGAAAUGUCAGACUUUGAUGAAGAAAUAUUUUCAUCAAUUAAAGCAGGUUACCCAUUUUGGGGAGCAGUACUUUUUGCUAUCUCUGGACUCUUAUCAAUUAUAUCUGAAAACAAAAAUGGAAUUCAUCUGGUGCGAGGACGAUUGGGAGCAAACACGGUCAGCAGCAUAGCCGGGGGAGCAGGCAUCGUCAUCCUGAUCCUCAACCUGGGCAACAACUGGAUUUAUAUCAGCCAGUGUGAGAACCUUCAUGGGGAUGACGGCUGCUUCGUGGCUUCUUUCACCACUGAAAUUGUGGCAAUGAUGCUGUUUCUCACCAUCCUGGGGUUGUGCAGUGCUGUGUCACUCACAAUCUAUGGGAUUGGAGAAGAAUUCAAAAGAAAUAAGAUUCCAGAUGAUCGUCUCUAUGAAGAAUUAAACAUUUAUUCACCAAUUUAUAGUGAGUUGGAAGAAAAAAUUGAAACAUCUUCUCCCACAAGUUCCUAAGAGUCCUAUGCCCAGAACGUUUUGAUUUACAAUGUCCAGAAAGCCAAAAUCUUUAAAAGGCAAAAUUUCUAUUCUCUGCAUAGUCUUUCUAACACUUUAUGUUAGAUUUGUCCUUCAAAUGGCAAUAUUUUGUUUUUAUUAUUUCUGAUCAACUAAAUACCAUCAUCCCCUAUUUGUAAAUACUUUUCUUAUUUUGUGUCUUGAUCUCCAAGCGAUCACUCUGGGAAGCCAACAUGAAA